AUGUGGAACGACGAGGAUAAUAACCCUUAUGGCGAGAGCUUCGAACGCAGAGACUCCUUUACCUCGUCCGCUAACCCAUCCUCCCCGAUCACCCAAGAUUACCCACGAUACGAUGCUCCCGGCACACCAUCAUCGACAGGGGAUGAAGCGCCGAGGCACGAGUCGACCGACGUCGAGACCGACGAGGAAAGCGCACAUUCACAAGGCGAGUUAGUGCCACGUACGAAGCCUGGAGGCUACGACAGUAGGGUGGAACAAAUGCUGUACGAGAACCCAGAGCUGCCCAUACUCAUUAUAGAGGCGGGGAAGAGCACGGAGAGUGGUAGAUAUAUCGUUUACACGAUCAAAACCGGGGAGUUGAUAGUGCGCCGGCGGUAUUCGGAAUUUGCGUCCCUGCGAGAUGCUCUCACACGGCUACACCCGACUCUUAUCAUUCCCCCGAUCCCAGAGAAGCACACCAUGGCCGACUACGCUGCCAACCCGACCAAUGCCAAGCAAGAUCAACAAAUAAUCGAUCUCCGGAAGCGCAUGCUCGCGGUAUUUCUCAACCGGUGCCGUAGGAUGGAGCAGGUUCGCACAGACGGCGUCUGGUGGCGUUUUUUGGACCCUAAUUCUAGCUGGAAUGAGGUCCUUCAUUCUCAUCCUAUAUCGUCCAUCCCUAAGGCCAUAAUGAGGGCGCCGCCCUUGGAUCCCGCCAAUCCAACACCGGGCCACGAGUAUCUUCCGGUACCAGCCAGCUCCGCUAAGCUUAGGUCGAUGCCUGCAGCGCCAACUUCGGACAACAUCUCUGGUACCCAAGUAUUUGCGCGCUUCCCACCAGACAGCAGUAAUCUCGAGGAGCAGGAGCUCGACCCAUACUUCACGGGAUUUGAAGCCUCCAUUCGAGAACUCGAAUCGCUUUUGAUGGGGUCUAUGGAGAAGGUCAACCGACGGACCCUGAGCCACCUAUCCUCCCUAGCAAAUGAUCUCUCAGAACUGGGUGCGAGAUACAAUGCUUUUGCGCUUUCGGAGCCAACCCAGUCCCUUUCGACCGCAAUUGAGAGGAUAGGCCAAGCAGCGGACUCAUCGUACAUUGCGACCGAGGAACUCUCUAGCUCACUCGGCGCUAGCUUUGCCGAGCCCAUGCGCGAGAACGCGCAGUUUGCCGGGGUCAUUAGGAGUGUCCUGCGGUAUCGGGUUUUGAAGCGGGUGCAGCAGGACAUGACGGAGGAUGAGCUUCACAAGAAGAGGCUGUUGCUCGACCAGCUCGAGAGGAGCGAGGCGGAGGCUAGGCGGAUUGAGCAGUAUCUGAUUGGAAGCCAGCAGCUUCCUUCACCGAGGCGCUCGACGAGCACGAGGGACGCCCAGGCGCAUCGGCGCGACGGUAGCAACGAGGACACCGCGUCGAUCGACUCGGACUUUCCCCCGACACAUGGUGAUCUCUCAUCAGCGCCCUCUGCCAACAUUGGUACGCCAGAGAGGUCACCGGUUGCUCCAAACCAUAGGAAGGCUCCAAGUGCGGCGUCCAUAACGAACAAGAUUUUCGGGCCCCUCCGACAUGCCGUUCAAGGGGUUGUUGACGCGGAUCCUGAGAAAACCAGGCGGGACACUAUCACGAAGACUCGCGAGUCGAUCGUGCAGCUCGAGCAGGCGGAGGUUGCAGCGGCGCAGGAUGUCAAAAAUGCCAGUGCCAGCAUUCUCAAGGACCUUAAGCGAUUCCAGAAGGAAAAGGAGGACGACCUGAAGCGUUAUAUGCUUGCCUACGCGAAGAGCCAAAUCGAGUGGGCGAAGAAGAACAAGGAGACCUGGGAGGAGGCAAAAGCGGAGGUGGAGAAGAUUGACGAAAAUUGCCUGCCCACGAUGGACGAGAGCGCAGGACCGCUGGAGAAAAUCGACGCGCCGGGGAUCAAGGCCCAGGGCGAUCUGCUGAGAGAGCUGCGCUCCGAAGUAGCCGACCUAUUGAAACGCAACUCGCAGGGGUUUCCAGGCGCGCAACCUGUUUCGUUUUCACGGAAACAUAUGGAUGAGCUGCGGCGGGAAGAUUACUACGUCUGCGAGAAAUCCGACGGUAUCCGCUACCUGCUGUAUUUAACAUCCGACGAGGUUGGCAAAGAGUGCCACUAUCUAAUCGACCGUAAGAACGAUUACUGGUGGCUUCACCAGCGCAACCUACACUUCCCACUAGCAACCGACCAGGGAGCUUUCCACACUGGCACGCUGAUCGAUGGCGAACUCGUGAUGGACACUUCCCCCGACGGCAAGAGAGGGCCGGUAUUUCUAGUUUUCGACCUGCUCGCGCUAGACGGCAAAGCCGACCUGUUGAGCAAACCACUGGACAAGCGGCUGGGAUAUUUUAGAGAGCACGUCAUGAAACCUUACAAGAGCCUGUUUGAUGCCUUUCCUGACGAGCUGAAGUACCAGGCGUUCAGGGUCGAGAUGAAGGACAUGCAGUUCUCGUAUGGCAUCGAGAUGAUGUUCCGCGAAGUGCUGCCCAAGCUACGCCACCAGAACGAUGGGCUCAUCUUUACCUGCCGCACCAGUCCGUAUCAGUUCGGCACCGACCCGCAUAUCCUCAAGUGGAAGGCCCCACAUGAAAACACUGUUGAUUUCCGUCUGCGCCUGCAUUUCCCCACCGUUGAGCCUACCGAGGAGGAGCGCGCUGACGGGAUCACGGAGCCGUUUGUGGACUACGACAGCGUGCCAGAGGCACGCCUGUUGAUCUUUACUGGUGGCGGUAGCCGUGGUACCUAUGAGGAAUUUAAGGACCCUCUGUAUCUUACCGACGAAGAGUGGGAAACGCUCAAGGAGUGGGGGGAUCCGCUACAAGAUCGGGUGGUGGAAUGCUGCUUGGACGAAGAGAAGCGGUGGCGGUUGUAUCGGUUCCGUGACGACAAGCAGGAGGCGAAUCAUGUGAGCACGGUGAAUAGUGUUAUGGAGAGUAUCAAGGAUGGGGUUAGCGAGGCCGAGUUGCUCCAUGCUGCCAAAGGGAUUAAGGAUAGCUGGAGGUCGAGACGGCAACACCAUUGA